GCCGCACCCAGCCGCGCCCGCGAGGACAUGGGCAGCCGCGCCGCGCCCGCCCCCCGCGCCGAUGUGAAUUAUUAAAAAGAAAAUGGCCCAACGGAGCACUGUAUUUCCUUCUCUCGUCACCGAGGAAAGGUAUAAUAUAUGGAAAAUAUGCAUCUAAGGCGAGUUAGAACCAUGCCCCGACAUAGCCAGUCCCUGACCAUGGCACCAUACUCAUCUGUAAGCCUAGUGGAACAACUGGAAGAUAGGAUCCUCUGCCACGAGAAAACAACUGCAGCCCUUGUGGAGCACGCCUUCCGGAUUAAAGACGACAUCGUCAGCAGUUUGCAGAAAAUGCAAAACAAAGGCGGAGGUGACCGCUUGGCCAGGCUUUUCUUGGAGGAGCACAUCAGAAACAUAACUGCCAUAGUGAAGCAACUCAAUCGGGAUAUUGAGGUACUCCAGGAGCAGAUCCGGGCCCGGGACAACAUCAGCUAUGGAACUAAUUCUGCCUUAAAGACUUUGGAGAUGCGUCAGCUCUCUGGUUUGGGAGACCUUCGGGGAAGAGUGGCAAGAUGUGAUGCCAGCAUAGCCAGACUCUCUGCAGAGCACAAAACAACUUACGAGGGGCUCCAGCACUUGAACAAAGAACAGCAGGCGGCCAAACUUAUCUUGGAGACGAAAAUCAAAGACGCAGAGGGACAGAUUUCUCAGCUUUUGAACAGAGUGGACUUGUCAAUAUCAGAGCAAAGCACCAAACUGAAGAUGUCCCACAGAGACAGUAACCACCAGCUUCAGCUUUUGGAUACGAAAUUUAAAGGGACAAUUGAGGAACUCAGUAAUGAGAUUUUAUCUGCACGGAAUUGGUUGCAACAGGAACAAGAACGGAUAGAGAAAGAACUCUUACAGAAAAUUGAUCAGCUUUCCUUGGUUGUGAAGGAAAACAGUGGAGCCAGUGAAAGGGACAUGGAGAAGAAGCUCAGCCAGAUGUCAGCCAGGCUGGACAAAAUAGAAGAGAGUCAGAAGAAGAACAUGGAAGUGCAGAGAACAAAACAAGAAGAGGAGAGGGUGCACGGGCGCAUCAGCAAGCUGGAGUUACAGAUGAAUGAGGAUAUGAAGGAGAUGAAGGCAGAAGUUGACGCUGGGUUUACAGCCAUCUAUGAAAGCAUAGGAUCCCUCAGGCAAGUUCUUGAAGCCAAGAUGAAGUUGGACAAGGACCAGCUACUGAAGCAAAUCCAGCAGAUGCAGAAGCCAGAAGCUCCCCUGUGAAGGGAGCCAGGACCAGGACCUCAGAAGGGGUUUUGCCAGUGGGGCUAGAGCUGGAUACCUCUGUAGCCAGGCUGUCACCGCAUUCAGGAUUGUUCUACUCAUGGCGUGCAUGUGCCAAGCAAUGUUUUUUCAUGGGUCUAAAUGUUUACCUUGAGUCUCGAAAACACUUUCUUUAAAAGUAUUAAGUACAAUUUUUACCACUCUAUUCCAUUUCUCUAAAUUCAAUGGAAUAUCCUCCCUGCCCCUUGAUUGGGAAAGGCUUCUAUUCCCUUCAUUUUAUGAAUGAAAAGACUUAACAACUUUCCUUCAAUGCUUGACGCUCUAGCCAAGACUUUACUAUUUUGAAAAAUGUCAUGGUGAUUUUUUUUUAAAUUAAGAAACAAAUGAAUUGUCACAGGAAUGUGUUGCUCCUCACCCUAAAUUAAGAGAAUGUCCUGGUAGAUUAGAAUUCAAACUUUUAGUCCAUAUUUGGAUUUUAUUACUGUUAAUCUGUGCAUUUCUUAUAUGGUUAUCUUCUUGUAAAUCUUCUGUCUUUUGUAGGGAGAAGGGAUUUAACUUUUGGAAAACCACCCCCCCCCACACACGCACAUACCAUUUAUGUAAUGGAAAUAGCUUCAAAAUUGAUAAAACUGCCAUAUACAUUGCAAAUUAAAAUGGAAACUUAAGACAAUUAUCUAGAUAAUGCAAGGCACAAUGUCUACAUCAACCACCUAGUUAUACCAGGUUUUAAUAUUGAAAACUUUUUUCAAUUAUCCACAGCCUGUAUAGUGAUAGCCAUAUAUUUAAUAAUGGAAUGGUGGUUAAUAGUCUGUUUAUUGCACAAUUAAUUGUUUGUUAAUCAUAAUAGGAUGUGAGAAUUUUUCAGGCUUUAUGAUCUCUUCUCUAAAUGUUUCCAAAAUUGGCACAAAGUGCUAACUAAGGUUUAUAUACACUUAUUGUAACUGUAUUCUUGUGCCUUGGUUUUACCACGUCAAUGCACUGUAUCCUAUAAAAGUUUUACAGACAAAAUAGAAGGCAUGAUAAUACAUCAGAAUUAUGAUGUAAAAAUGGGAUCCUAUGUAAUUUUUAAAUGUUCUAAAAAUUUUAUCACUGUUAAGACAUUGAUCAUUCAGUAUUAUUAAUGAAAUAGAAAUUCAUACUUUUGUAUGGACAGAGAAUCAAAUUGAUAUUGCAUUUAUAACAUUGUCAAGAAACUUUCAUUUUGAGCAGCUUUGUAGAUGAUGGGUGUUUUCUUUUCAAUCGCCAUAUUUGAUUAAUCAUUGAAAAUUGGCACCAGUGAAAUUGUUCACCUGUGUAUGUACAAACCAAUGGUGAGACACACUGUUCUAAACUGUGAGGGUGCCCAAGAAAAGGAAAACAAUUCUUUAAAAAUUAAAAAAAAUUGUUUUUUGUUUGCCAAGGACUCAGGAAAAUUAAAGCAUUUUCUAUUUUUAGGAUAAAUCAUAAAUGAGAUAUAUAACUGGCUAUUACUGUUUACCCAUUUAAAAUAUGCUGCUAAAGUAUAUAAUAUUUUACCUUCAAUGGCUGGACACAUUUUUUUUUUAAUUUGGACCUGAGAAAUCAUAUAAGGAAUGUGUCAUCCAACAUAUAUUUCCUUAUUUUGUCAUAAAUCUUUGCAUCUCUAUAUAGGAAAACUAUUUCCACUUAACAAUGAAAAACAAAGGUUCAUGCUCUUUUCCAAUCAGAAAGUGAAUUUUUUUUUAUGGUGGAGUAACCACAUUUAACCCAGUUUUCCCUGUUGAAGCACAAGCCACAGCACAGAGAGUUAUGCCCCCUCCAAUGUCCUUCUCUGUGGUCUCGUGAGGAGGAAGAACCAGCAUAUGGGACUCCUGGGGAGAGCGGGAUAGCUGGACUCGGGUCAGGGGGUGACAGGAACAGGUGGCGGUUGGCCGUCCACUGAAAUUGCUCAGGUGCUUCUGACGCUGCCAACCUGCUGUCAUGAGCUCCAGCAGGGGUUCUCCACUCUGACAACAUGUUGGAGUCACCUGGGGAGUUCAGAAAGCUACCAGUGCCCAGGCUGUCCCCUUGACCAAUGAAACCAGAACCUCUGGGAGGUGGGACACAGGACAGGCAUCAGUAGGUACCAGAGGCCCCAGGGGGAUGUCAGGGGCUGCUGAGGUUGUAAGCCACUGAGCUACAGAGUACUCUUAUGACCAAAGUUUAAAAGAGGAUCAGCUUCCACAUUCUUUCCUUUACCAGAAAUUUGCAAUAAAAAGAAUAGAAUUUCCAAAUAAA